AUGUCGACCAUCUCAACAGAAAACCCGACUUCUCCCAACGCGAUUCCAAUUCGCUACAGCUCCGCCGGUGUCUUCAAUGGCCUUCACCAACAGCCUUCGAAAUCCGUCCUCAAACCUCUACCAGAGGAUUCCUGGAUUUCGUCGAAGCACCAUUCGUUGCCGCCAGCGAUGAAUCCCGCCCCCGUUCUGUCUGACCAUACGAACAGCCUCAAGCGCAGACAUUCAAAGAAACGAUCUGCGCCGGAAAACCUGAUCACUAAAAGGCCGGGAGAAUGGUCACCGCAGAAAGAGAAGAUCAUACUGGGCCCUUAUGACUACCUGUUUGCUCACCCUGGGAAAGAUAUCCGCGCGGCCUUGAUCAAGGCCUUUGAUGCCUUCCUACAUGUCCCAUCGAAGUCUUUGGAUAUUAUCACAAAGGUCGUGGGGAUGUUACAUACGUCUUCACUUCUCAUCGACGAUGUACAGGACAACAGCGUGUUGCGGAGAGGCAUUCCUGUAGCACAUAAUAUCUUCGGGACGGCCCAAACGAUCAACAGUGCCAAUUAUGUCUACUUUCUCGCCCUCCAAGACCUUUUGCACCUGGAAAACAGAGAUGAGGCGAUUGAGAUAUUUACCACCGAACUUCUCAACCUCCAUCGCGGCCAGGGGAUGGAUUUGUACUGGCGUGACACAUUGACCUGCCCCACAGAGGACGAUUACUUGGAAAUGGUACAGAACAAGACUGGAGGCUUGUUUCGUCUGGCUGUAAAGUUGAUGCAGGCCGAGUCUCCGGAAAAGGGACGCAUAGAUUGCGUGCCUCUUGUCAACUUGAUGGGACUGGUUUUCCAGAUCUGCGACGACUACUUGAACCUUUCCUCCAGCACCUACACCAAGAACAAGGGUCUAUGCGAAGACCUCACUGAAGGCAAAUUCUCCUUCCCCAUCAUCCACUCGAUAAGAAGCAAUCCCUCCAAUCUGCAGCUGGUCAAUAUUCUCAAACAGAAAACUACCGACGAGGAAGUCAAGCGGUACGCGGUUAAGUAUAUGGAAGGCACAGGCAGCUUUGAGUAUACCAAGAAGGUUGUACGCGAAUUGAAACUGAAGGCUGUGAAUCUGGUCACAGAGCUGGACGGCGGUUCUGGCCGGGGGGAUGAAGUAAAGACGAUUCUGGACAAGAUUGCGGAACCAGCACUUAAUGAAUAG